AACCUCAGCCGUUUGCUUCUGGCUAAUUGAAAAAGAUCCCUGACUCUUCCGUCAAUUAGACAACACCGUUUUUUUUGUUCCCCUCCGUCAUGGCGAUUGCUCACGUAGCCACCGAGUACGUUUUUUCUGACUUUUUGUUGAAGGAUCCCACGGAGGCCAAGUACAAAGGGGUGCGUCUGGAGCUGGCCGUGGACAAAAUAGUCACGUUUCUAGCGGUGGGGCUGCCUUUGUUUCUCAUCUCCCUCGCUUUUGCUCAGGAGGUUUCAGUUGGUACCCAGAUCAGCUGCUUUGCUCCCACUAACUUCUCUUGGAGACAGGCGGCUUAUGUGGACUCAUUUUGUUGGGCAGCAGUACAGCAACAAGCUGACAGCUCACCACUAUGGCUGCACAAGUUCUUCCCAUACAUCCUGCUCUUGCUGGCCAUCCUCAUGUAUAUCCCGGCCUUGUUCUGGCGUUUCACUGCAGCGCCACACCUCUCCUCUGACCUGAACUUCAUCAUGGAGGAGCUCGACCGCUUUUAUAAUCGUGCAAUCAGACUGGCCAAGAAUAUAGCAUCCAUAGAUUGCAAAAGUGCAUGUGAGGACACCCAGAGUGCUUUGGAUGUGACUGAGAGUUGCUUCAAAUACCCUUUAGUGGAGCAGUAUCUGAAGACCAAGCGCUUCUCUCACAGCCUGGUGAUAAAGUACCUCUCCUGUCGGGGUCUGACUCUGCUGAUCCUCCUGCUGGCCUGCAUCUACCUGGGCUACUACAUCCGUCUGGCCUCCCUCACUGACGAGUUCCCCUGUGACCUGCGUACAGGGGUGCUGAAGAACGACAGCAUGGUGCCGGCUGCGGUGCAGUGUAAGCUGGUGGCGGUGGGCGUCUUCAGGCUGCUCAGCUACAUCAACCUGGGGGUUUAUAUCCUUCUGGCUCCGCUGGUAGUCUACGCCGCUCUGGGACCAGCUCGCCAGAGCUCCAGCUUCCUCCGGCCUUAUGAGCUGCUGCCGGGCUUUGGUGCUUUGGGCGUGGUCACGCCCUUCUACAAUGACCUCAGCAUCUACCUGUUGUUCCUGCAGGAGAACCUGAGUGAACUGAAAUCAUAUAAGUGUCUGCAGGUGCUGGAGUUGUUGCAAGAGGCUGGUGAUGAUGAGGGCUUUGACACCAUGUGCCUGCUGCGAACUCUGGGUCAGGUGAAGACUGACGUGAUAGACAGUAAGAAGACGUGCUCACGCAAAAACAACAAAGAAACUAAUAAAGCAGAGGAGUGAUUCCUCUAAGAUCUUUCUGCCUUCUUCCUGUGUGAUUGACCUGAAGAUGAUAAGCUCUGCUGUGGUGGAAAAGAAGAACUGUGAGAAAGAAAAAAACUGUGCACUUACAUUAUCUGAAUUCCUGCUGGUGAACUGACCAAGAACAGUUUUAAUCCAUAUCAAAAACAGAGGAGGUUCAAUAUUAAUUCACAAAGUCUCUAGUUUGGUCAAAAGAAAUGUUACCUCUCAGAUGUCUUAUUUGUAGUAAAUGUGAAAACUCCAAGGACCAGUGUUUCAGGUCUGGGUCAAUCUGCUGCAUUUUUGUUUUUUUCUGAAAUGAAAUUCCUAUGUUUCUAUGUUUUCUAUGGUAAUGCUACUUUUCUCAGGACCUUAAAUGCCUUCCAAUCAUAAUUUAAUAUAAGCCAUGAUCCUUGUACUGAAAUCUGUACAUUCAUUUUCCAGUUGCAAGAGCCAACUUCCUGCCCUUUUAUGUUAGAAUAAAAGACGUUUCUGAACACAGGGUUCAGAUGUGUUUAUAGUUGGGUAUAAGAACACCUGGAGCAGCUUUGUCUGGACUGUAAGGGAUGUGAUACUUUAUGCAUAACUGUGCUGUUAACAACAGGUGGUAGACUGUAUGUGAAUGUUGAGAAUAAAACAAGACCCAAGGUUGUAACUUAUGCACUGGUGGCAGUUCUCCAUUUUCCAUUAAAGAUGAAUGAGUAGUCAUUGGGGCAAUAAAAUGCCAAUAUGGAUUGUUGUCAGAGGUAAAGCCUUUCAAGGGCCUUAUGAUAUAUAUGUAUGAGCCCAGUACAGACAAAUAUGAGUAAAUUCUAUUUCACUUUCCUUGUCAAAAAUACUGAUUUCCAUUUGAAACAUGUGAAUCAAGCAUCUGUACAGUACAAUACAAUAUAAUGCAAAUAACUGCCCUGCAAUAAAU